CUACGCGGUCACGCUGUGCUAGCGCUCGGGCCUGCAAUCGGACCGUACCUUUCUCGGCCGCGCCCUUCUCUUCACGCUGCUUCGGAACCAUGGAUCCCCGCAAAGUGAGCGAGCUUCGGGCCUUCGUGAAAAUGUGUAAGCAAGACCCGAGCGUUCUGCACACCGAGGAAAUGCGCUUCCUGAGAGAGUGGGUGGAGAGCAUGGGUGGUAAAAUACCACCUGCUACUCCUAAAGCUAAAGCAGAAGAAAAUAUCAAGGAGGAGAAAACAGAUAGUAAGAAGUCAGAGGAAAACAUAAAGACAGAAGAACCAUCAAGUGAGGAAAGUGAUCUAGAAAUUGACAAUGAAGGAGUUAUUGAACCAGACACUGAUGCGCCUCAAGAAAUGGGAGAUGAAGCUGUAGAGAUAACUGAGGAGAUGAUGGAUCAGGCAAAUGAUAAGAAAGUGGCUGCCAUUGAUGCCCUAAGUGAUGGUGAACUACAGAAAGCCAUCAACUUGUUCACAGAUGCCAUUAAGCUGAAUCCUCGCUUGGCUAUUCUGUAUGCCAAGAGGGCCAGUGUCUUCAUCAAAUUACAGAAGCCAAAUGCUGCCAUCCGAGACUGUGACAGAGCUAUUGAAAUAAAUCCUGAUUCCGCUCAGCCUUACAAGUGGCGAGGGAAAGCACACAGACUUCUGGGCCACUGGGAAGAGGCAGCCCAUGAUCUUGCCCUUGCUUGUAAACUGGAUUAUGAUGAAGAUGCUAGUGCAAUGCUGAAAGAAGUUCAACCGAGGGCCCAGAAAAUUUCAGAACAUCGGAGAAAGUAUGAGCGAAAACGUGAGGAGCGAGAGAUCAAAGAAAGAAUAGAAAGAGUUAAGAAGGCUCGGGAAGAACAUGAGAGAGCCCAGAGGGAAGAAGAAGCCAGACGACAAUCAGGAGCUCAGUAUGGCUCUUUUCCAGGUGGCUUUCCUGGAGGAAUGCCUGGAAUGGCAGGAAUGCCUGGACUCAAUGAAAUUCUUAGUGAUCCAGAGGUUCUUGCAGCCAUGCAGGAUCCAGAAGUUAUGGUGGCUUUCCAGGAUGUGGCCCAGAAUCCAGCAAAUAUGUCAAAAUAUCAGAGCAACCCAAAGGUUAUGAAUCUCAUCAGUAAAUUGUCAGCCAAAUUUGGAGGUCAAGCGUAAUGCCCUUGUGACAAAUAAAGCUUUUGCUGAAGGAAGAGCAACCUAGAUCGCUUAAUGGAUGUCGCAAUAAUAACAAACCAGUGUACCUCUGACCUUCUCAUCAAGAAAGCUGGGGUGCUUUGAAGAUAAUCCCUACCCCUUUACCCCAAAUGCAGCUGACAUAUUUUACAGUGGUUUGCAAUUAGGAUAUUCACUGAGAUAAUGUUUUCCUAUUAGGAAUCACAAACUUAACCCUUUUUAAAUCUUAAAAAUAUUUCAAACAAAUUAAAAGGGUAUACUAA